UCCUUUUCUUUUGGCUUGUUACGUUCUCGUUCCCCUUUCUUCUUCACAUUCCUCAAACGCUACUGCCCAUCAACCACCACACCGCCAUGAAGAAGCCCUGCUCGGUGUGCGAUUUGCCUCUGGAGUCCUUGUUGAAAAUCGCUUCCUACUUGAGCUUCUCGGAUCUUUGGUAUUUCGGGACCACCUCACGCUCUUGCCAGAAACUGGCGCAUCAGCUCGUAUGGCACAAGUACCACAUCGACCUCGCACGACCACGCAUCAACUCAUUCAACCAUCUGAUCCACGCCAGCAUCGCCUAUGUGUGUCGGUACGGAUACGACGAGCAGCACAAUAUCAACCACCCAGCGAUCCAAUCAGUUGCAAAUCGACUUGCCGUCGAGAUCUAUGAUCGAACACCGCAGCUCAACUGGGCGCCGUGUCUCGAUUUUUUGCUCGACAAGGCCCUGGGCAUCAUGCUCGAUCAUGUUCUCUACGACCCAUCGCUCGACCCCUUACCGCACCAACAUUCAUCAGCAAACGACUUGCCGACAAUGUUGAGUCAGGGCAAGAAACAGAAGUAUGCUUCAACGCCCAUGGGUCGUUUGAUGACGACGCUCCUUGUAACGCUCUAUCCAACACUGACGGCGCUCUUUGAUGCGGACCCUGCGAGUGCCAUCCACCAUCGGUUAUUGCUGGCACACAUUUCUCGGCACAUUGACAUUUUGACACGUCGGUACCAUCAGCAACAUCGACGACGUGUAUCAUCAGGCAGUGGUACGUCCACAUCUCUAGCCCGCACUGAAUCUGUGCGCCAUGGAUUCAGGGUCUUGGUGCAGUUCAUUGGCAAUCUUUGUCAAACAGAGCUAAUGACUGCAGCCGAUCUGCAUAUUCUUACUCGUCAGCGGAUUAUCACCUUCUUUAUAUCCUAUCAGUCACACACCACGAUGGUGCGACCGCAAACCAUCACGACGGUCGUUGCUGCAUCAGACUCGUCAUGUUGGCGAUUGUGGAUGGAUGAAAUUGAAUUCCAGACCGCCGUACUCCUUGAUCUAUUACGUGCGGUUGUAUGCCGUCAGUAUACGCGAUUCGAUUCCGGCAAGGAGCUCAAUAUGUUUGCAAGCAUGUUAAGCGAAACCGUAUCCACCAUGGUGUCGUGCAAGUCUUCAUCACCAUCAGCAUCGUCAUCGUCAUCUUCAUCGUCAUCAUCAUCAUCUGUACCUGAAGCAGCAUCCAAAACGGCAGUUGCAACUGCUGUGUCACCUUCCCGGUAG